UCAUGAGUGCAUCGUGGGUAAUUUCAGAACGUGAGGACGACGCCAUUUUCGGGAAGAUGGCGAGCGAUUCAUUCUAGGAAAGAUUCCAGGCAAAUUUCUCCCGCAAAUUACGCGAUUUUUUCCCUCAGGAUGACGCAAACGAAGGUGAUCCAGGUGACGAACGUGGCGCCGGCCGCCACCAAGGAGCAGAUGCAGACGUUGUUCAGUUUCCUGGGCAAGAUUGACGAGAUCAAACUGUACCCUGAGGAUAUCUCAGUGCCGGUGACUUCCAAGGUGUGUUACGUGAAAUACGACGACCCGACAAACUGCGGCGUUGCACAGCACCUCACCAACACCGUGUUCAUCGACAGGGCGCUGAUCGUUGUCCCUUGUCAGGAUGGCAUCAUUCCAGAUGAAGCUAAGGCCCUUCAGUUGGCAGCACCAGCCAAUGCGGUGGCUGGUAUGAUCCCUGGGGGGGCAGCACCUGCGGCCAGCGCCCUACUCCCCACCCCAGCACCUAUAGCCAACCCACUUCUGGCAGCUGCAGGGGUAGCAGGAGGGGAAGUACUGGGGGCAACUCUGGCUGACCAGGACAUACUUGGAGCAUUUUUUCCUGAAAGUGUGAGCAAGGACGUUCUCGGAUCCGGUAUGGGAGACCAGCUUCCACCCCUGCCUGGCAAUGUGGACCCUUCCAAAAUUGAUGAGAUCCGACGGACAGUCUAUGUGGGCAACUUGGACUCCGCCACUGUUACCGCCGAGCAGCUCCUGAACUUCUUCCAGCAAGUGGGCGAGGUCAAGUACGUCCGCAUGGCGGGGGACGAGACCCAGCCCACGCGCUUUGCGUUUGUCGAGUUCGCCGACCAGACGUCUGUGGCAAAGGCUUUGCAGUAUAACGGCAUCAUGUUCGGGAACCGACCACUCAAGAUUAACCAUUCCAACAAUGCUAUCGUCAAGCCCCAGACUCAGACUCCCGAGGCACAGCGCCGGGAAAUCGAGGAGGCCAUGAAACGUGUCCGCGAUGCGGAGGCUCUAAUCACAGCCGCCAUCGAGCCAGGAACUAUGACGGCGGCCACGUUGCAAAUCCCAGCCAUAGAAAAGCCAACCUUACGGUCUUCAGAGAUUUCAGAAAAGAAGGACGACAAGCGGCGCCGAAGCCGGUCCAGAUCGCGAUCCUACUCUCGGAGACGGCGCUCGAGGUCCAGGUCACCCCGAAGAUCCCGGUCCCGACGUUCACGCAGCCGUAGCCGACAUCGACGGUCCAGGUCACGGUCCCCGAAGAGACGCUCUCGGUCCCCUCGCAGAAGGAGGUCUCGUUCCCGCGAACGAAGGUCACGCUCCCGAUCCCGACGGUCACCAUCCAAAUCACCCGCCAGACGACACUCGGCAACAGCCAAGGGUAGACGACGCUCCCGCACCCGUACCCCACCUCGUAGCUACCGCACCACCAGUCGAUUAUCCCGCAGCAAGAGCAGUUGUGGCUGUCCUCAGACACGGGACGCCCCAUCUGAGAGGAUGGCAAGGUCCCCAAGACGACGUUCGCGCACUCCCAAACGGUCGCCAUCCAAAUCCCCGGCAAGACGGACAUCUUCCUCCAAGCAUAAGAAGGAGAAGAAGAAGGAUAAAGAUAAAGAUCGUGACCGCAGCGGUAGCCGGGAGCGAGACACCACCAAGAGUAAGAAGAAGAAGAAGGACAAAGACAAGGACAAGGAUCGCGAGCGUGAGAAGGACAAGGAGAAACACAGAGGCAAGAGCAAGGAGCAAGAGGAGGAAAAGAAAGAGGCCAAGGUUACCCGUGACUAUGACGAGGAAGAACAAGGCUACGACAGUGAGAAGGAGAAAGUGGCCAAAGCCCCCGCACCGGAGGCACCCGUGGAACAGCCCGCGGAAGCCCCGCCCUCCAGCGAGGAAUUCGGAGACUCGGGUAGCCAGGGCCAGGCUGAUAUGGACGUGGAUAGCGAUUAAGUCAAUACUGUCUCUAGUCAAAAAUA